AUGUCGCAUAAGGGCAAUAGUGGAAAGGGUAAAAAGCCCUCAAAGUCAGGAGCCGAGAGCAAGAGCGAGGAUGUUCUCCAGGCGGUUGUCAUCGCCGACUCGUUCCAAGACCGCUACAGGCCUUUCACGACUGAGAAGCCAAGAUGUCUUCUCCCACUCGCAAACGUCCCGCUCAUCGAGUAUACCCUUGAGUUUCUGGCAAUGAAUGGUGUCAACGAAGUCUAUAUCUACUGCGGUGCUCAUACCGACCAAGUCGAAGAUUACAUUAGUCGAUCCAGGUGGACAACAACGGCCCGAACAUGCCCCUUCUCACACCUCCAAUUCGUUCGAGUUUCCGACGCACGAUCAGCUGGCGACGUCCUUCGUGAUAUGGACAAGCGAUCACUUGUUGAUGGCGAUUUCAUUCUCGUAAACGGCGACUUGGUAUCCAACAUCAUGCUCGACAAUGCUCUGGCGGCGCACCGAAAGCGCAGGGAAGCCAGUGCGGCCAACAUCAUGACGAUGGUGCUGCGCAGUGGUGGAGAGGACGAUCACCGAACAAAAACAAAUGGAAUUACUCCAAUUUUCGUUGUCGACACCAAGACUCAGCGAUGUCUUCACUACGAUGAGAUGGACCCCUUAACCAGCGACCGAUAUAUGUCAUUGGACCCGGCUGUUGUGGACGAGCUAUCAACUGAGUUCGAAAUUCGAUCCGACCUCAUCGAUGCCGAGAUCGACAUUUGCACACCCGAAGUCCUCGCUCUUUGGUCAGAGAGUUUCGAUUACGAACUUCCCCGAAAGAAUUUCCUUCACGGUGUUCUGAAGGACUGGGAGCUGAACGGCAAGAUGAUUUAUACCGAGAUUUGCGAGGAGGGCUACGCAGCACGAGCAAGCAACCUGCAGCAGUACGAUGCUGUCAGCCGUGAUGUUCUCGACCGAUGGACGUAUCCUUUCAUUCCAGAGUGUAACAUCGUACCCAAGCAGUCAUACCAGCGACAUAUCCACGGCGUCGUCGCUGAGCAGGGUGCAUUCUACGCAAACGACGCCAAAGUUACAAAUUCUAUUAUUGGACGCGACAGCAACAUUGGCUCGGGAAGCAACAUUUCCAACAGCAUUAUUGGUAGAGAUUGCAAGAUUGGCGCCAAUGUCGUUUUGGUGGACUCUUACGUUUGGGACGACACCACAAUCGAAGAUGGAGCAAAGAUUUACCAGUCCAUUGUCGCAGACUCGGCCAUUAUUGGCAAGAACUCAUCCAUAUCCGAGGGAAGUCUGAUCUCUUUCGGUGUUAAUGUUAGCGAGAACGCUACACUACCUAAAGACUCUGCGGUCUCUUGUGUUGAUUUCGACGGUAACCCUGUGACUCCGGACACAAAGCUACUCGGAGCAAACACCAACGCCGCCAAGUUUACAGAUCCUGAGGACGAAGACAUUGACGAGAGAGAUCCAUCCCAGCUGCAGAAGAGCCUUAUUUACAACUUGGCCCAAUUCAACAUCUCCACCUCAUCCGUGUCAACGCUAUCUUCUGAGAUAUCGGAAGAUGAGAUGGACGAGAACUUCCUGCCCAUUGACGCCAGCGACCCCUCCCGCCGUACCUCAUUCGCCUCCGAUGAUGCCGGUGACAAACUUUCCUUCCACCACGAGGCAGUCCACGGUCUUGUCGACGCACUACGCGCCGAGUCUGGCGAUUUCGACUCGGCCAAACUUGAGUUCAUGGGUCUGCGCCUUUCCAACGACGCUUCUGAUGCUAUGAUGCGCCGCGCUGUGGCUAGUGCCUUUGCUCGUCGCGCAGUAGAGCUCAUGACUCCUGAGUAUGGCGGCCUGGAGCCCAGCAAGGCCGCUGAUCGUGCUCUCAACGCUCGUCCAGGUGCAACAAAGUUCAUCAACGAAGUUGGCAUCGGUCUUGAGGACGAUAACGAGGCCGCGCAGGUCGAGUUCAUCAUCGCCCUCCAGAAGGCUCUCACACGUUCCCAAGGACCAGAACAAUCCCGUGUGGGCAUUCUCCUUGCAGCAAUGCUCCAGCAGCUGUACGCACUCGAUAUCCUUGAGGAGGAGGGUAUUCUGGGGUGGUGGGAGAACGAGAGAGCUGUUGAAGGGGAGAACAUGACAUUGCUGAAGGAGAAGUGCAGAGUAUUGGUGGAGUGGCUGGAGAAUGCCGAAGAGGAAGAUGACAGCGAUGAUGAAUAG